CGGGAUCGAGUCGACACCCGGCGCUGACGCUGAGGGCGCGGUGUUGAAGCCUCCUCCCAGGCGACGCGCGCUGUCUCGCCCAACACAAUGCUGCAGCCUUCCCCACUCGCCGCACCGCAUUAAUACUUUUAGGGUCGUCGUGGCCUUAGGCUGCUGCCCUGCCCUGCCCUGCCCUGCCCUGCCCUGCCUUGCCCAACUCUCGCCGGCGACCGCGGAAAAGUGCGACCUUUGGUUUCAGUUCGAUUACAUUACAUUAGAUUUCAUUCAUAGAAGGGGGAGAGGAAGGAAGGAAGGAAGGACGGCCCGAGCUAGAGAUUACACAGAGAGAGAGAGAGAGGGAAAGAAAGAAAGUACGAGAGAGCUAUAGCUCGAGAGAAAGAGAGAGAGAGGGAGAGGGAGAGAAAGAGAGAGAGAGAGGGGUGCGGAGAGGAGUUGUUUGUGUUUCGAUUGUGAUGGGCUGAGUGUAAAUGACCAGACUACCUCCCAGCGCCCAUCUACCCGCCACCAUGAUCAUUUGCUGUGCUGGCUGUGAAAAACCCAUUAUGGACAAAUUUCUGCUGACGGUGCUGGACAGAACAUGGCAUGCCGAGUGUGUUCGCUGUGCUGACUGCGGCUGCGCCCUUACGGACAAGUGCUUCUCCCGCGAAGGAAAACUCUUCUGCAGGAACGACUUCUUCAGGCGUUUCGGGACGAAGUGUUCGGGUUGCCUGCAGGGCAUCUCGCCCCAGGACCUGGUGAGGAAGGCCCGCGACCGCGUCUUCCACCUCAAGUGCUUCACCUGCUGCGUCUGCCGGAAGCAGCUCUCCACCGGCGAGGAACUGUACGUCCUCGAGGAGAACAAAUUCAUAUGUAAACAGGAUUACAUGAACGGCAAAGCAAUAUCAGAAUCGUAUACGGGGGGAUCCGAGGACGAGGACGAGGAGCCCAUGGACGUCAAACCACAGGUCGAGACCAACAACAACACCAGCACUCCGCCCUCGAGCGCCCAGAGACCGAUACCGCCGCCCACCCUCACAGCAAACCCCAACGCCAUGGCCUCCUCGCCCCCAGGCCUAAACACUGCGACGGGACCGGGCGGCAUCCCGAUGGCCAUGGUGGGCGGCAGACCCAACACCCCGACGAGACCCCUGGGGGUCGUCCCGCCCACGAGUACCACGCCCCUGCUCGAUCCCAUGGUGGCCGAUUCGAAAGUCACCAGCGCUUACGCAGGAUUCAAUGUGAGCAUCUCCAGCGACACUCCCCCGACCGACAAGGAACCGGGGAACUUUCACGACUCUGACGUUUCGGACGCCGAAGGCACCGGCGACCACAAAGACCAAAGCGGCAGCGGGGAGUCCAAGCUGGUGGACGACGAGAAGGUGAGACCCGGCGACGACAGCGAGGGCGGCAACAAACGCCGGGGCCCGAGGACGACCAUCAAGGCGAAACAGCUGGAGAUCCUCAAAACGGCCUUCGCCUCCACGCCCAAGCCCACGCGACACAUCCGGGAACAACUGGCCAAAGAGACGGGCCUCCCCAUGCGGGUCAUACAGGUAUGGUUCCAGAACAAGCGGAGUAAGGAACGGCGCAUGAAGCAGCUCACUUCGAUGGGCAUGCGCGCGCACCUCUUCGGCAAUCCGCGGAAGAUCAGAGGCAUGCGCAUGUCCCCGAGCAUGGAGGACGGAUACCCCUACUACGGGGACGCUUUCGCCUACGGUCCCCAGGGCUUCCACGACUUCUUCCCGGGGCAGGGGCCUCCCCCUCCUCCAGGCAUGACCUUCCCCCAUGGUCUACCUCCUGCCAUGGAGCAGCCGCUACCGCCGGGCGGGCCCAUGAGCGACUUCCCGGGCCUGGGCGGGCUGGGGGCGCCGCCCGUCAGCGAGUCUGGCCACUUCAUGAGCCAGCCACCCGACAUGCUCUCUCUGUCCCAGAGAUCGUCUCCCGAGGGCAUGAUCAUGGCUCAUGGCGGUCAGAGCGGCAAUUUCGACCACCAGGUAAAUGAGGGCCUGGUGUGGUGACAUGAAGCUGACCUCUGAUGACGUCAGAGAUCCCGAGACUUGCUCUCCUGUGACGUCACCAGAGGCGUCCUACCGUGUUACCUGCCACCACCGAGGAGUCCUACGACGCCGGGCGUCUCCGUCUCCGUCUCCCCGCCUCCGCCCCCGGGGUCCUAAGAGAGGGGGGGAGGGAGCAGCAGUAGCAGCUGUCCGGGACACCAUCACCACCACAACACCCCCUUCCUCCCCUCCUCGGGUGGGGGGGAAACAGGAGAACAUUCAAAAUCGUCAGUUUUUUCCUUUUUUGAUUUGACGACGUUACGGAAAACGAUAUUCCAGGAUGUUCCAGGAUAUUCCACCUGGCAAACGUAUAUGACGGGGAACCUGCCUCUCUCUUCUUCGUCUCUUCUUUUAUAUAGAUAUAUCAAACAAGGCAAUAUUUCAUUAUAUAUGUCCCGUUCUGGAAAAAAAAAUAAUAAUGAGCGAGAACUUAUGAAAAGAACUUUCCAAAAAGUACUCUUGCAGACGGAAAAGCAAAGAAAAAAAAAGAAAGAAAGAAAGAAAGUAGGCAGUGAUAUAACCUUGGUUCGGUCGAAUGCUGAAAAUUGCCCAGUGAUAAAAUUGAAAACUGCGCCUACGGACAAGAUUCACUGCAGUGAUGAACGUUGUAGCACAUAAACGUUAAUAAGAUAUCGAUCGGUUUCUCUCUAUCUUAAACGGUGACGUCUUCUCAAAUGCCUCCGAACGUAACGUAACUGUUUUAUUAUCUUUUUAUUUUUUUUUUCCCUCGAAUAUAUGGCAUCACAGACCUCUCUCUCCAAUUGGCAUCGUGUGAUAUAUAUACCCAGAGGUAAUCUCUGAUUGUUUAUACAGUAUAACGAGAUGACGACGUCUCGAAGUACCAGAAAAUAACCAAUCAGAAAAAAAAAUUCGUCUGGAAUAAUAACAAUCGAAUGCGCCUAGAGACCAAAAAAACGCGCUCACAGUUGCCGGAUAAACAAAAACCAAACAAACAAACAUGUUCCGUGAACUCUUGUGAAGGAAAAGAAGGGGAAACUUCAUUUGCGAAACGUCGGGAAAUGAAACGUUUACACACACAAAAAUUUAAAAAACGUUCGAAAUGAGAUUUGGACAUUCUGCAGAUGCAGAGGUUUUAAAAGAGGCAAGCAAGCAGAAAUGAACUGGAGGAGAGAGAAAGGGCGGAAUGGAAGAUGGGAGGCUAAGAAAAAAUUAAAGAAAGGGAAAACGUGAAAUUAAAAUCGGAGUCACGUGAUACCUGAAGAAAAAACAACAGAUGUAUAAACGAAUAAGUAAAAAAUAAAAGUAGUGAAGAUAAAAAUUGUGACUUUUUUUUCGAAAGAGAGAGAGAGAGAGUUCGAGAAAGAGAUAAGGAUAGAGUAAAAAUUUUGAUUUUUUUUGUUUGAGAAAGAGAUAGAGAUAGAGAGAGAGAGAAAGAGCGAGAGAGCUUGCGAGCGAUCCGAGGUUUAUCGCAUCGUCCUCCUGUACAUCAUAAAAGCGGCUGUAAAUGUUUUAAUGAGUGUUGGGAGAGGACGAAACUGGGUGCCCUGAAGUGAUUUGUGUUU